AUGAACGCUGCCUCCCUUUCCGUGACUCAAGUCGCUCUGCGACACAGUCGUCGCUAUUUUCUAUGGCCCUUGUCGGCACCACACCUCGCCUCGGCAUCAUACCACUCCUACCCAUUACCCACCAGCACCUCGACAUCCCUUCCUCAGCACGACAUUACCGAGAGACCUAUAGUGCAGCCAGAAGCUCCGCCGAGAACCCACAAGACGCUGUCCUCAUUCAAGCACACCCGCGCUGCCCCAGGAACGACGUCAACCCUCACACCACCUUCAAAGUCAAUCGAGGCUGCCACUCCGUCGUCGACGCCCAAGGCUGAUACGCGAUUGCGACCGAAGCUUCGCCCACGGAAGGCGGCGAUGAAGCUCACGCCAGCCGCAGUCGAGCAGCUGCGGACGCUGCUGGACCAACCCGAACCGAAGCUCAUCAAGGUCGGCGUACGAAACCGUGGCUGCAGCGGGCUCGCAUACCACCUGGAAUACGUCGACCAACCCGGUGCAUUUGACGAGACGGUGGAACAGGAUGGAGUCAAGGUGCUCAUCGACAGCCGAGCCCUGUUCAGCAUCCUCGGCAGCGAGAUGGACUGGGCCGAGGACAAACUCAACCAGCGAUUUGUCUUCAAGAACCCCAACAUAAAGGAGCAAUGCGGCUGUGGCGAAUCUUUCAUGGUCUGA